CAGCACACGAGUCCGCGGCAAGGGGUAGCAGGAGGAGGAGGCGCAGCAGGCGGGCAGGCGGGAGGAGCAGCGGCAGCGGGGCCAGCCAGGUAGGCGCGCCUCGACCCCCACCAACCACCACCACCACCACUACUGUUGCUGUCUUGCUUCCAAACCACCUCUCCGUACCUGGCCGUUUCCCCCGAUACGGUCCGUCCGCAGCACCCGCCCCUCCGCUGCCACCGCUGGCCUCUCCUGCCCCACCCACUCCGCAUGCCCAACGCUGCAUCCCCAGACCUGUGUCCUGAAACCCAUGGUGCAUGUACCCCCCCUCUCUGUAUUGUGGCACCCUGCCGUCUCCUAUCCCCUUUGCUUUGCCCUAACCUGUGGUUUCCUAUGGUAUGGUAUGCUCCUUGACCCCCCCCUGCUCCCCUGCAGGCACCCGGUUCGCGGCACCACCGUGGUUAGAGCGGGAGCCGCAGCAGGCGGCGGAGCAGGCGGGGGCGGGGCGGGUCGCCCCCCGGGUGAGGACCACCCCUCCCCGCCCUCCCUGGAGGCCCGGCUGGCCGCCCGCCGCCCGCAGCUGGCGGUGGAGGGGCUGAUGGUGGGGCCGCUGGGGCUCAUGCUGGUCGGAGGAGGGGCGGGAGCAGGAGGGGGGGCGGUUGGGGCAGCGGAGGUGGCGGACUUGGUGGUCCGCCGAGCAGCCCCCGGCCAGCCCUCCCGCCCCGUGCUGGUCCGCCGCGCCCGCUCCACACUGCUGGACAGGGACAGGGCGGGGGAGGGGGCGGCAGGCGGAGCGGCAGGGGCGGGGGCGGGCGGCGGGGUGGGGCCGGGGCUGGGCGGCGGCGGUCUGAGCGGCGACCUGAGUCUGGGGCUGGCUGGGGUGCAGCUGAACACGGGCGGGGAGCGGGCGGAGGCGGGGCCAGGCCCCGGCAGUCAGGCCGCCGCCCUGGCCGCCACCUCGCGUCAGCAGAUCCUCUCCACCCUGCCCCCCCGCCACCCCCUGCAGCAGCAGCGACCCACGCAGGUGCCCGCAGGCGGCGGCGGGCGGCUGGGGCCCCCGCACCCCGCCCCCCGCCCGCCGCGCAUCAGCGCAG